AGGAAUCCCUGAGAACAGACCACCUGUGGGUUAUCUUUGGGGGCAUACUGUAUGUUGGGGGUGAAUUGGAGAAGCCUGAUGAAGUAUUUAUAAACAGCGAUUGGGCACAGACAAACCAUCAGCGGUUGGUUCCCCUGAGAUACAGACCAUCGUCUACAGACUCUACAUAGCACAGUUUUCUUUCCCCUACUGAAAGCCAUGGCCCCCCUCUCUCUGGGACUGCUGUUUCUCUGUAUGCUGGUGGGCGUCCAUGGUGCAAAUGUCAGGGUGUCCGGCCUUCAUGCCAGCGGCCUUCGAGGGGACCCUGCUGGUAAUUACCCUGACCCCUACGUCAAGGUUUGGUGUGGUGGCGAAUCCGGUGGCAUGACAGACUGGCACAAGGAUACUCAAAACCCAUCCUGGAGUGCUGUAUUCAACUUUCUGAAUGUGCCUUCCAGUGCUUCCCUCAAGUUUGAGAUCUGGGACAAGGACCUAAACUUCGAUGACCACCUGGGAACCUGCACCACUAACCUCCAGUUUGGCAGUCACAGCGUAACCUGCGGUCUGAGGAGUGGAACCUUCUACUACACUUACAGUUACCAGUAAACCAGCCAUAAUGUACAACAUCAGUUACCAGUAAACCAGCCAUAAUGUACAACAUUAGGCCAUCACAUACCUUAAUGAAAUUCUAAUGAAUUUUACUGAUGAACAUUAAGCCCUAAAUAAAAACUUCUUUCUGAACAAUG